AUGGUUAGUAAGCGGUGUUCUCAAUGCAGUGAACUGCCGUAUUAUAAGUCAGCGGAUGAAGCGUUGGCAGCAAUCGAGCGAAAGUGCAGCGUGUGUGCGGCCGCAGCAGCGGCAGCGGCAGCGGCAGCUUCUUGGAGUACACGAGACUUAGAAUUCACUAAACCACCAGCUGUGCCCAUCGUUAACGGAGUACAAAAUGGGGAUGCUGCACCUAUAGUGUAUACGAAAAUUAUAAGUAAGUUACUCUACUCUGCUAAGGGCGUAUGGGCAUUAUAA